UUCCCACCUAAGUAGUUGCUUGAAUUAUAGUAGAGUACUCGACCACUCUCCAUUAUUUACAUUUUUUUUUAUAAAUGAGCUAAAUCAUAUCAUUAGUGUAGAAGGAGAUUGAGAUGGGAUAGCACAUAAUUGGAGUCAGUCGGCCGUCACCGUGAUUACGAGCAUGAUCGCACGUGCAUGGUAAUCAUUAUUAUUAUUAUCAAACCCACGACGACAACUAUUCUUCUCUUCAAACCUAAACAACGUUUUAACUAGCCCUUCUUUCUCUAAUCCACGCCCUUCCCAGAAGGAUGAUCAUGCAGCACCAACCCAUUAACGAUUAAACAAAUAUAAACUCAAUUACGACAGCAGUCUAAUCACUCGGCUCGGCUACACAUUCAUUAACGAUUAUAAUGGGCCAGUCAAAUAUAUUAAUUAUUCUCCCAACUAUGAUUAUCAUGCUAAUUAAUCUAAAUUAUUAUGAUUAUUAAUAUAUAGCUAAACGACAACAUCCGUCCGUCAUUAAGCAGCCCAUAAUGGAUAAUGGGCCCUAACUGGAUAUUCGGCCCAUAUGAUUGUUGGCUGAUAAUUCAGCUGGGUCCACGAGGAAGAAGAAGAAAAAGUAAAUAGGCGCACUUUUUGUCCACUCAAAAAAGUUUCCCGCGGUUCAACCAAAGGGAUGAAAAUGUAAAUUAACUGCCCGUCAAUUCUAAAAAAAAAAAAAAAACUGCCCGUCUGAUUACAUCUGCGAGCGACACGUCAAAGAUUUAGCGGGACCCACCAUAUUUUUUUUUAUUUUAAUUUCUUGCACCAGAGGAAAUAUUUACUUUCCCCGAAUUUUCUUACCGCGGAUUCUUCCUUUCCCAGAUUUUCCCUCCUUCCUUUCUUUCCCAGAUCUGGGUAACCCGCGAUUUUGUGUUCUUGAUCGAAGGAGGGAAUAAAUAAAAAAACAAGAAAAAUUCAGGAAAAUUGUUGCAUUCUUUAUCGACGAAUUUGGUAAAUAUUUCAUUGUUUUCAAUCCAGAGGUGAAAAAAAUGGGAAUGCAAGGAGAAGGAAAUGGAUACGGAGACGGCGGCAGCAAUGUAGAUCACAAGUACUCGAGGAUAGAUUACGCCGGCAGCGAAGCGGCGGACACACCGUCGUCGGAGAAAGCCAUUGCCGUGAAGAAAAACGAUACGAGGAAAUACGUGUUUGCCUGUGCCAUCUUCGCCUCUCUCAAUUCCGUGCUCAUGGGUUAUGAUGUGGGUGUAAUGAGCGGAGCAGUGAUCUUCAUCCAAGAAGACCUCCAGAUAUCAGAAACCGAAGAAGAAGUCCUGGUCGGGAUCUUAAGCAUUGUCUCCCUAUUCGGGAGCUUAAUCGGAGGCAGAACAUCGGAUAUCAUAGGCCGAAAAUGGACGAUAGCAUUAUCAGCCAUCAUCUUCCAAUCAGGAGGUGCAAUCAUGGCUCUUGCACCUUCCUUCCGGGUCCUGAUGAUAGGCAGGCUCAUGGCUGGAGUAGGGAUAGGGUUUGGAGUCGCGAUUGCUCCGGUGUACAUAGUAGAGAUCGCGCCUUCAGUGGCGAGAGGGUCCCUGACCUCAUUCCCAGAGAUUUUUGUAAAUUUCGGUAUACUCUUAGGGUACAUUUCGAACUAUGCAUUCUCGGGCCUAUCGGUCCACAUGAGCUGGAGGGUCAUGCUUGGUGUAGGCAUCUUGCCUUCAAUCUUCCUGGGUUUUGCACUGUUCGUGAUCCCCGAAUCGCCUAGAUGGCUGGCAAUGAAGAAUCGUAUCGACGAGGCAAGGUUGGUGCUUUCCAAGACCAAUGAAAGUGAGCAAGAAGUGGAAGAGAGAUUAGCUGAAAUUCUAGUAGCUGCAGAGGAAGCCAAUACUGAGAGAUAUGACAAGAAAGCAGUGUGGCUUGAAAUUCUAAACCCAUCUCCAGCAGCCAAGCGAAUGCUAAUCACCGGCUGCGGAAUCCAAUGCUUUCAGCAGAUCACAGGUAUAGAAGCUACAGUUUACUACAGCCCAACAAUCUUCAAACAUGCCGGAAUCCAGGGGAAUGCUCAGGUUCUUGCAGCAACAGUUGCCGUGGGGUUCACUAAAACUGUGUUUAUCUUGUUUGCCACAUUCUUGAUUGAUAGACUAGGUAGAAAGCCAUUGCUUUACUUGAGCACAGUUGGGAUGACUAUGAGCUUGCUUUCAUUGAGCCUGACCUUAUCAUUCCUGAGGGAUAAUGGAGGGCUUGGGAUCACCAUGGCAUUGCUAUCUGUUUGUGCCAAUGUGGCUUUCUUCUCGGUGGGGCUCGGUCCGAUCUGUUGGGUGCUUUCAUCGGAGAUCUUCCCGUUGAGGCUAAGGGCUCAGGCGUCUGCUCUGGGAGCCGUCGCGAGCAGGGUGAGCAGCGGUCUAGUCACCAUGACGUUUCUCUCGGUGUGUCGUGCGAUCACAGUUGGUGGGACUUUUUGUGUGUUUGCUGUCAUCUCUGGUCUUGCUGUUCUGUUUGUGUAUGGUUGUGUGCCCGAGACGAAAGGGAAAUCGUUGGAGCAGAUCGUGAUGCUGUUCGAGGACGGUGGUGGGGACUGGCAAAGGCGUGAAGUUGAAUUGGGAGAUGCAGAACGAUUGGUAUCGAAGGAACGACUGUCUGAUGUAUCAUGGUGAAGAGGUUGUGGGGUUCGAUAUAGGAGGACUCUUAUAUACUUGUACACGAAACAGAUGUAUAGAAUGUAGAGUGACUCAUUUUUUCUUUCCAUCCUGAGAGCUGUGGAUUCAAGCUACUCUGCAAUGUUCCAUGAAAGUGGCUUCACAAAGAUGGGGCUGGUAGAUGAAUAGUGUUGCUGCUGCUGGUAGAUGAAUGUUGAAGUAAUGAGAGAACUCAGAACAUCAUUGAAUUUGACCUCUUAUGUGUGACUCAUGUGUUGUAAAUGCUAAAUACGGAUUUUUUAAAUACAAUGUUGAUCGUACAAUUUGAGUACCAUAACUCGUAAGUUACCGUUAGUGUGACAGUAAAAUCGAGUGAGGUUGUUGAUUAGAUGACAAACAAACUCCUUAGAACCAAGGGUUGGAGAUGAUAUCAUCCUUUUUCCAUGGUUGAACAACCACAAUCUCAUUGAAGUCGCAUGAGCUUCACUAAAUCAAAAGCUGCAUAUAUCAGCAGCCAAUUGUUGGUUUGAGGAAAUAUAUGUAGCAGUUUCCUAGGAGGAAGCAUGACCUCAAACAACUGCCAGAUGCCACUAGCAGACAAUAAAGAAACAAAUAACAAAGAAUAAAACAUGUCAAUGGUCCAAAUUGAUGCAGAAGAGGCCAAUAAGUUUAGGGUGCCGUUUAUGUUUAUUGGCUUGAGGCCAACAUAAAUGUCCCUUUUUUAUUUUUAUUUUUGUCAUAAGACACAAACAUUCACUAAUUUUUUUUAUGCCGCAUUCGAUAAAUUGUUUCAUCCUGUUUAUAUUUUCAAUUUGGUUUAGAGUUUAGACUAAUUUCACUUGAAGGAUGUGAAGUUCAAACAAAUAUCAUUUCGACCUAUUCAAGGAAAAUCUAAACAUAAAUAAAUUUAUAAAAACAAAUAUAUUCUUUCGAUUUUCACGAUUUGAUAUACUUUAUCAAGACUCCUUCCUUCCUUAUUAACUUGUUGGAGCAUUAUGUGUUGAUCAACCCACAAAAAAUGAGCUUUCCUCUCGUCUCUUAAUCCUUCCAACUCCGCCAAUAACAUCGGUAGGAUGCUCAUUUAUAGAUAAACCAAGCAACGCCAACUAUAUUAAGCAGUUAACUAAUGAAGUAACAUACAUUUA